AUGGAGCUGAGAGUAGGUGCGUACAUAAAAAACUCGGCGCUAUGUAUUCUCCCCAUUAACAACGCAAGUUCGCCUGGUUAUUGCAGUAACCGUGCUUCCUCAUGCGUCUCCGUUCGUGCUCCUGUGAGUUCCUUCUGGAGAGUAUCUACCAAGGAUAUCAACCCGAAAUUCGCGCCGAAGGUAAAAAUGAUGGCUGCAGCUGAUUCUUCAUUGGACAUUGAGCGGCUAGGUGUGCAGUUAUUGUGCCCAUUGGAUGGCCGUUAUUGGGAUAAAGUCAAGGACUUGUCACCUUUUCUUAGUGAAUUUGGCCUUAUUAAAUACAGAGUGCUGGUUGAGAUUAGGUGGUUGUUGAAGAUUUCUCAAAUGUCCGAAUUCCCCGAGGUCCCGAGCUUCUCUGGAGAUGCCAAGUCUUAUCUUCAAAAAAUAAUUGAUUCAUUUAACCUGAAUGAUGCCUUGGAAGUGAAGGAAAUUGAAAAAGUGACUAACCAUGACGUGAAGGCAGUUGAAUACUUCCUAAAACAAAGAUGUCAGUCGCAUCCGGAGAUAUCUAAGGUGCUCGAGUUCUUCCAUUUUGCAUGCACAUCUGAGGAUAUUAACAAUCUAGCUCAUGCAUUGAUGCUGAAAGAAGCGCUUAACAAAGUGAUAGUACCAGAAAUGGACAAAUUGAUCUCUGUCAUUUGUAACUUAGCCACUGUCAAUGCUUCCAUUCCUAUGCUCUCUCGAACUCAUGGACAGCCGGCAUCACCAACAACGUUGGGGAAGGAAAUGGCAAUAUUUGUACAUAGACUAAGUGAAGAACGGAAAGAAUUAUCCCGUAUUGCAAUUUUGGGAAAGUUUGCUGGAGCUGUUGGAAACUACAAUGCUCACUUGGUUGCUUAUCCUGAUGUUAAUUGGCCUCAAGUUGCAGAAGAGUUUGUCACAUCUCUUGGAAUAAGUUUUAAUCCUUUUAUUACUCAGAUUGAAUCUCAUGACUACAUGGCCAGAAUUUUCAACUCUAUCAGCCUGUUCAACAAUAUUUUAAUUAACUUUGACAGAGACAUUUGGGGUUACAUUUCUUUGGGUCACUUUAAGCAGAUUACUAAGGCUGGUGAGAUUGGGUCCUCAACAAUGCCCCACAAAGUAAAUCCAAUCGACUUUGAAAACAGUGAAGGAAACUGUGGAGUUGCAAAUGCAGCCUUAUCGCACUUGAGCUUUAAGUUGCCUAUUUCCCGCUGGCAGGUAUAA